AUGCCUUUCUCCUGUGAGAUGCAAUCAGGGGCAGCUGGAGGGCUAGCGGUGCAGAUGCAGCUCCAGAACUACCCAGAUGCUGGGGGGCAGCGGUGUAUUCCUCCGGCACCCGUGUCUCCUGCUCCGUGCACUGCACACGGAGCUACUUCAUCAUGCCCGAGCGCUUCCAACUGCGCGGGAGCCGGAGUUUCGCUGCAGGCCGGGCGGCAAGGCGGACUCCGGGAGCUGAACGUCGGCUGCCCAGCGCUGCCAGUGCCAGAGGCAGGCGCGAAGGUGCUCGGAGCUGUCUGCAAGAGUGCGGGAGCUCGCUGGCAGCCCGACGAGCGGGGCUGGCCGCCUUCCUCCUUCUCUUCCUCCUCCUGCGGGGGCCGCUCAGCAGUCCCUGCCCUGCUGCCUGCGUCCCCAGCCCUGAGAGCCGGCGAUCUCCGCUGUCCCGUGCCGCCGGAUGAUGACGGCCGGGCGCUGAACGCUCCGCGCAGCCCGCAUCGACUCUCGCCGCCGGCUAACACCAUGCGGGGCGCCGCCAGCCUUCUCCCACUCACCUUUGCCGUUUUCCUGGGCUUCGCCCGUUGUCGGCCGGAUUCCGCGGCCAGGGUGGAGCUGGGGAGCUGGGGGGCGGCGCGGCCGCGGAGCCGGGGGGCUGCAAGCACGGCGCACAGCCUGCCCGCAACACCCGGACACCCCUCGCCGGCACAGCCCCUCCCCGCCGCCCUCCACGUGGACCGCAGCUCAGCGGGCGCCGCGGGGAGCUCGAGCGGCAGCGAUGGCCAGAGGCAGCGUCCCGACCGCGGACUGCCCUUGUCCCGGGGCCAAGGGAGCGAUGCCGGGAUCGGGUCCGGCCCAGGGCACAGGAGCAGGCUGGACUCUUCUCGCCAGCGGCAGGGCAGCGGGCUGAAAGCCCGGGUCGUGCCUCGAGCGAAUGAGCCAAGCGGCAGAGGGAGGAUGUCAGGGCCAAAUGCCUGCGGCAGGCAGUGUUGCCCAGGAUGGACCACAGCUCCCGGCACAAACCACUGCAUCAAACCUGUCUGCAACCCACCGUGCCAGAACAAGGGCUCCUGCAGCCGCCCCCAGGUCUGUACCUGUCGCUCGGGCUUCCAGGGCUCCCGGUGCGAAGAAGUUGUUCCCGAGCAGGAGUACCACCCGCUGGGUGCUGCAGCUGCCUUCCGGCCUGCCCAGAGCUCCCUGCGCAGGAGGAGCGGCAUGGCAGGGCGAGACGUCUCCCUGCAAGCGGCUCAGGCACCCGUCCCACGGCACGUCCCAGCUGGCACUCAGAGCAGAAUUGGCUCUCCUGUUUCCCCCCAGAACACAGGGCCAUCACGAACUGUCCGGCGCUACCCAGCCACCAAUGGCCAACUCAUCUCUAAUGCACUCCCCAAUGGGAAUGGACAUGAGCAGAGCAGCCCUGGGCCACGUGUGGUUUCCCAGGAGCACACUUUAGCUACAAGGGGGGCCAACCUGACAGAGAAGAUUAGGAAGAUAAAAAUUGUCUUCACACCCACCAUCUGCAAACAGACCUGCCGAAGUGGACGCUGCUACAACAGCUGCGAGAAAGGAGACACCACCACGCUCUACAGCCAAGGAGGGCAUGACCAUGAUCCCAAGUCUGGCUUCCGCAUCUACUUCUGCCAGAUCCCCUGCUUGAACGGAGGGCGCUGUGUGGGCCGGGACGAGUGCUGGUGCCCCUCCAACUCCACGGGGAAGUUUUGCCACUUGCCAGCUCCUUCUCUGGAAAAGAAGCAAGGAAGGAGAGCCCCAAAGACCCCAGCUGGUGGCUCCGUGAGGCACUCCACCUAUACCCUGCCCUUGUCCAACCAGCUGGCUUCCCUAAACCCUUCCUUGGUGAAUGUCCACAUCAACCAUCCUCCAGAAGCCACCGUACAGAUUCACCAGGUGGCCAGAGUACGAGGUGAUGUAGAGGUGUCAGAGGAGAACAGUGUGGAGGCUGCCCUGGUGCCUCAGCUGGCCACCUCACCCUGGUACGCCUAUGCCCAUGGGAAUGGCAACAGCAUUGCCACAGAGAGCGGCCAGCAGCAGCAGAGAGCCCCUGGGCUGCUGGGGAGGUGCUUUCGGGAGGCUCUCCAUGGGCAGUGUACCAAUCCCCUGCCAGGGCUGACCAAGCUGGAGGACUGCUGUGGCAGCGUGGGGCUCUUCUGGGGUGCGGACCGGUGCCUGGCCUGCCCACCCCGGCCAACACACCCUGUGAUUGAGAAUGGACAGGUGGAGUGUCCCCAGGGAUACAAGAGGCUGAACCGGAGCCACUGCCAAGAUAUCAAUGAGUGCUUAAUGCAGGGCUUGUGCAAAGAUGCUGAGUGUGUGAACACCCGUGGCAGCUUCCGCUGCACCUGCAAGCCUGGCACCAUGAUGGACCCAUCCCGCAGCCAUUGCAUCUCGGACAAAGCGGUGUCGAUGGAGCAGGGCCUGUGCUACCGCUCUGCAGCCGGGGGGGUGUGCUCCUUCCCCCUCUCCCACCACAUCACCCAGCAGAUCUGCUGCUGCAGCCGUGUUGGCAAGGGCUGGGGGAAGAACUGCGAGGAGUGCCCCAUGCCUGGCUCAGAAGCCUUCAAGGAGAUUUGCCCAGCAGGACAUGGCUACACCUACUCCAGUGCUGAUAUCCGCUUGUCUAUGAGGAAGGCAGAGGCAGAAGAGCUGCCCUUCAGAUUGGAAGAGCAAGGGUCGAGCAGCAACUGGACACUGCACUGGGCAGCAAGGAGACAGCAACUGCAGGACAGCUUGCAUGGGAGCGUCCUGGAGGCAUUCCCACAUCCUGGCACCUCGACUGCAGAGGAGGAAGAGGAGUCUCGGCAUGGUCCCCCCCGUCCUGGUCCCAUCAUCACCUGGGAUGCUGCUGCUCCAACACAGAUGCCGGCACAGGGCUCAGGGGUCAGCAGCUGUGCUUCUUCACCCCUCUCCUGUGGAGCUGGUGCUUGUGUGCUCACCCCAGAGGGAUACAGCUGUGUGUGCCACCCUGGCUACACAUUGGACAGUAACCGCCACCGCUGCAUCGAUGAAGAUGAGUGCUUGAAAGAUCCUUGUGCUGGCAAAGGUCACUGCAUCAACAGUGUGGGUUCCUAUUCAUGCCUCUGCUACUCUGGGUACACCCUGGCUGUCUCAGAGGGCAAGCAGAGCUGUGAGGAUCGAGACGAAUGUGAGCAGCCCUCUGCCUGCCGAGGACAACGAUGCAUCAACAGCCCGGGUUCCUACCACUGUGAAUGCAAGGAGGGCUUUGUCAUGGGUCCCAGAGGACAGUGCGAAGAUGUCAAUGAGUGUGUGGUUUCCAGCCCUUGCCGCAGCGGGAAUUGUGUCAAUACACUGGGAUCCUACAAGUGUGUCAGCUGUGGCGAUGGCUACCAGCCCAGGAACGGGAGAUGUAUUGACGUGGAUGAGUGCCUUGCAGAGGGGACUUGUGCUCACGGACGGUGCAUCAACCUGGACGGCUCCUUCCGCUGUUCCUGCUACCGGGGCUACGAGGUGGCACCUGAUGGGAAGAGUUGCCAAGACAUCAAUGAGUGUGCAGCCCAGGCUGCCUGUCCCUCUGGACUCUGCCUUAACACCGAGGGCUCCUACUCCUGCAUGGCUUGUGACACCGGCUACGCCGUCUCCAGAGCGGGCAGCACAUGUGAAGAUAUAGAUGAAUGUGAGGACCCUGCUGUUCAGUGCCUGGGAGGAGAGUGCAGGAACACCCUGGGCUCCUAUGAGUGCCACUGCCAGGCUGGCUUCAAGCUCAUCAAUGGUACCGUGUGUGAAGAUGUGAAUGAAUGCCUGAACAGUGAGACCUGCAGCCCCAAUGGCGAGUGCCUUAACAGCCAUGGAUCCUACUUCUGCAUCUGUGCUCCUGGCUUCUCAAACACAGCCGGCGGAGUCAGCUGCCAAGAUGUGGAUGAAUGUGCAGACAAGUCCCGGUGCUUGCAAGGGCAGUGCCUGAACACAGAGGGCUCCUACAGGUGUCUGUGCGAAAAUGGGUUCAAACACUCCCAGGAGACUGAUGACUGCGUGGAUGUGGAUGAGUGUAGAGAAUAUGGGGAUGCCAUCUGUGGCACAUGGCGGUGCCAGAACAGCCUGGGCUCCUACCGCUGUAUCAUGGGCUGCCAGCCCGGCUUCCACUGGACCCCGCUGGGGGACUGCAUUGACAUAGAUGAGUGUGCCAAUGAGACGCUGUGUGGGAGCCAUGGCUUCUGUGAGAACUCAGAGGGCUCCUUCCGCUGCCUCUGUGACCGUGGCUAUGAGAGCUCCCCCUCCGGGCACCUCUGCGUUGAUGUGAAUGAGUGCGAAAUGAUGGUUGCCGUGUGUGGGACUGCACUUUGCGAGAACGUGGAGGGAUCCUUCCUGUGCCUCUGCCCCAGUGACCAAGAGGAGUAUGACACAGAGGCAGGGCGGUGCCAGCCCCGAGCAGCUAUGGAGGGCCCUGAGACACACACAGCUCACCUCUCUGACAGCGCAGAGCGCAAGCAAUGCUACUACCACAUCAGCGACGUUCGCCUGUGUGACAGCGUCCUGGCCAAGAACAUCACCAGGGAGGAGUGCUGCUGUACUGUGGGGGCAGCCUGGGGUGACAACUGUGAGACUUACCCUUGCCCUGUCCCAGGCACAGUGGAGUACCAAGAGAUCUGCCCUCUUGGGAAGGGCUACAUUCCCCAGGAAGAUCUGCUCUCAGGAAAAGUCUCUUUCACAGACAUGGACGAGUGUGAGAUAUUUGGCUCCGAGUUCUGCCGCAACGGACAGUGUGUGAACACAGUGCCAGGCUACAAAUGCUUCUGUCGUACAGGCUACUACUAUGACUCCAGCAGGCUUGAGUGUGUUGACCAGGAUGAGUGUCAGAAUGAAGUGUACUGCAUCAACGGUGAGUGUCUGAACACGGACGGCUCCUACCACUGCUUCUGCAGCCUCCCUCUCGUGCUGGAUGCCACCGGCAACCGGUGUGUUAAUCUCUCCAGCAGGGCAGAUGCCUUGGAAGAGUAUGAAAUCCAUCUGGACGUCUGCUGGCAGACUGUUGCUGACUACAUCUGCCAGGACCUGCUGCAUGGCGAGCAGACCACAUACACCGAGUGUUGCUGCCGGCUCGGUGAAGCCUGGGGCCAGAGCUGUGCACUCUGCCCUCACAGGUCCUCUGCUGAUUUUGCUUUCCUCUGUAAUGGGGCCAGUGAAGACAGUGAGAGAGGGGCUGAGCUCCAAGAAAGACCUAGAUAUGAGUAUGCACCGGGCCUGGAAGACCCGCACUAUGGCUUUCCCAGCCCUGAUAUGGGCCCCUACUACAACUACUUGGAGUCUGAGUAUGGAAACCCCGAUGCUGGUUUCCCUCGGAGGGAAUACAACAGCGAGUUUCGUGGCAGCCCUGUCCAUCAUGGCCCAGGGCGGUCUGUGCCCCGCUACCUGCCCAGCCAAACUGGCCUCUACGAGGGCUUUGAGGGGCUGCAGGCUGAGGAGUGUGGGAUCCUCAACGGCUGUGAGAACGGGAGGUGUGUCCGCGUCCGGGAGGGCUACACCUGCGACUGCUUUGACGGCUUCCAGCUGGACAUGACCCGCAUGGCCUGCGUGGACAUCAACGAGUGUGAGGAGGUGGGCAGCCCUGAACCCCUGUGCCGGGGUGGCACCUGUGAGAACACAGAGGGCUCCUACCGCUGCCGCUGCUUGCCAGGCUAUGUGGCCCUGGCCCAGGCCCACCAGUGUGUGCCCCAGACAGCCCAGAGCCCAGCGGCAGCAUAG